AUGGAUCUGAAGGCUUUCCAUAGGUUCGACGGGGGGGAGGCGGCGGACUCCCUGCACCCGUCCAGGCAGAGGGACGGCUACUACGUGAAAGAUCAGCUGGAUCACUUCGGGCGCAACAACGCGCUCGACCUCCAGGAGACGGUCAUAUGCGUGGACAGCUCGCUGCGGGAUCCCGUCAUCUACCCGUCUUCUGCGAACUUCAAGGUCUACCUGCGGACGCCUCUCGCGAACGUCGUCUCGUGCGACCUCCUGAGCGCGGAGUUCCCGAACGUCCAGUACGCCGUGACGUCCAGGAACAACGGCUUCGCAUUCGCCGAGACCGUGGGAGGCGAGGAUAGGGUGGGGUACUUCGUGCUGCCCACGGGGAGCUACGACGGGCCCGACCUCGCGGAGGCGGUGGCGCGGCUGAUGAACCUCACGUCGGGGGCCACCGGGGCCGGAGCCUACGCCGUGACGUACAGUUCGCUGCGCUCCAAGUUCGUGUUCUCGAUCGCGGAGCCGUCCGCCGGGGUGUCCCGCUUCAAGCUGCUGUUCGCGCGCGUGGGCUCGUGCCAUAGGCCCUUGGGGUUCGACGCGGCGGACACGGAUUGGAACGUGGGCUAUGCGAACGAGGGGGUGGAUCCGUCGGACCCGGAGUACAAGGACGCGAUCGCGUCGACGAACUACGCGGAUCUCUUCGGGGAUAUGUACGUGUAUCUCACGAGCCCCGAGCUGGACACCAAGUUCCACGAGACCACGUACACGCGGUCGUUGAGCAGCGCGAGCAGCCCGUCGGUCGGGAACGCAUUCGUGCGCCUCUCGCUGUUCGGUCAGCCGGGCGACGUGAUAUACUACUCCGCGACGACCGCCACGCAGAGUGUGAGCGCGUUCCCCGCUCGGAAAAAAAUGGGGGGUGAGGACAAGAGGCGGGGCGCGAUGGCCGACUUCAACACCGACCUCAGGGGCUUCUUGAACCAGCUCAACAGGGCGUUCCCGGACUACCGACCACUACAGAGGCUGAGGAACAACGCGAAGCGAAGGAUGGCCAAUUCGCCCGACGUGCCGGCGGCGUCCUUCGCGUCCUUCUUCGAGGGCGACCAGGAAGCCCUCAUCGCGCUGCGCAACGGGGACGUGGACGCGCUCUUGACGCAGGAGCGGGUCGUGGGGUGCCCUAUCGGAGCGAUCGCGGCGAAGCUCUGGGGGGGCAUGUCCGCCGGAUCGAGGGAGGCCAGCCGCAGGCACCUGCUGACGCUGGCGGCGGCCGCCGGGCUCGCCGAGGGGACCGACCCCGCUCUCGCGAACGGCGCUCGGGCCUGGUCCGCGGUCUUCUCCGAGGUGCUGGGCAAGCGCGUGAUGGUCCCGUCGGCGUUCCUCGGGAAGAUGGAGAGGGUGGUCGAGCUCCUGAGGGACCUGAUCGAGGCCAUGGAGGACGACGACCUGCGGCCGGAGGAGCUGGAGGAGAUGCUGGACGGAGUGGACCUGGACCUGGGGGCGAUCGCGGAGAGCGGCGGCGACGAGGGGGAGAGGCAGGGGCAGGGGCUCUCGGAGGCACUCAAGAAGCUCCUGCCCCGCUUCAAGGAGGUCAUGGCCGCGGGGGGCGCCGGUGGGCGCCUGGAGUCGGCGGAGGUCGCCGAGUACGUGGUGGCGAAGCUGAAGGACGAGCGCUGCGUCAAGCCGGUGGCCUCCCUGCGGUCCGCCUUCUCGAACGUCCAGUCGCGGCACCUGCAGUCCGCGCUGGCCAAGCUGGCGGGCGCCGUCGACGUCUCAUCGGUCGAGUCCGCCGUGGCCUCCGUCAGGGCGAUCGAUCCCCGGGACUUCGAGGAGGAGAUGAGGGGGAUGGCGAAGGGCGUGGAUGCGUCCAAGCUCCAGGCGGUGGCCCGGUCCCUGGGGCAGCUGCUCGAGACGUCGGGGGUGGCGGGUGCGUUGGGCGUCGAGGACGUCUCCGAGAAGCUCGACGGCAUGUUCGGGGGGCGGGAGGGGUCGGAGAGGGGCGUGGUGUCCACCCUGAUGAGCUCCGAGGCGGCGCCGGGCAUGAUCUCGCAGAUCCCCGCUGCGAUCGGAGACGACGGCUCGCUCGACUUGGGCAGGGCGGCGGCGAUGGCGAUGAGGAGCAGGAGGGUCCCCAAGCGGCCGCGGGUCACCGGGAAGCGCUGA